CAUGGACCAAUUUGCCCCCAGCCGUACGGCACACCAUGUGCUUACAAAACGCGAAGAUGUUGUAUUGCUGAUUACUUGCCUUAUUCCCCAGCCUUUGCUUUGUUGUCCUAGCGGUUACGUUUCAGCAGUACUCUUCACAAAUGGCAACCACGGAGAACGGUGCCACUGAACCAUACACGCCGAAGAACAUCCUUAUUACCGGAGGGGCUGGGUUCAUUGCCUCUCAUGUCGCCAUACGUAUUGCUUCGCGCUACCCACAAUACAAGGUUGUCGUUCUGGACAAGCUGGACUACUGUGCUUCUACAAACAACCUCGCAUCCAUCGCGGAUAAGCCCAACUUUCGGUUCAUCAAGGGCGACAUCCAGUCGAUGGACCUGAUCAGCUACGUCCUCAAGACGGAGGAGAUCGACACCGUCAUGCACUUUGCCGCGCAGACACAUGUGGACAACUCUUUUGGAAACAGCCUUGCUUUUACGCUGAACAACACAUACGGCACUCACGUCCUGCUGGAGGCGAGUCGCAUGGCUGGUACCAUCCGCCGCUUCAUUAAUGUGAGCACCGACGAGGUGUAUGGCGAGACAAGUCUUGGAAAAGAUACUGGCCUGGUGGAGUCCAGCCACCUGGACCCAACCAACCCCUAUUCGGCGGCCAAGGCCGGCGCUGAGCUCAUCGCGCGCGCUUACAUCACCUCGUACAAGAUGCCCAUCAUCAUCACCCGCGGCAACAACGUGUACGGGCCACACCAAUUCCCGGAGAAGCUUAUUCCCAAAUUCACCCUGCUGGCAGCGCGCGGCAAGGAGCUGCCCAUCCACGGCGACGGCAGCAGCGUCCGGUCAUACCUGUUCGUGGAGGACGUGGCGGAGGCAUUCGACUGUGUGUUGCACAAGGGCGUGACGGGCGAGACGUACAACAUUGGCACGGAGCGCGAGCGCAGUGUGCUGGAGGUUGCCCGCGACAUUGCGCGCCUCUUCAACCUGCCCGAGGACAAGGUGGUCAACGUGAAGGACCGCGCCUUCAACGACCGCCGUUACUACAUUGGGUCGUCGAAGCUGGGGGCGCUGGGCUGGCAGGAGCGGACCGGCUGGGAGGAGGGCCUGAAGAAGACCGUGGAUUGGUACCUGGGGCUAAAGAACCUGGACAACUACUGGGCUGGCGAUGUGGAGAUGGCGCUUCGGCCCCACCCGGUGGUGGUUCAGAACGCAGCCACGGCCUCGGGCACGUUCCUCUCGAGCUAAACUGUUGACAUGAUGUUGCAUCUUCAAUAGUGUAGCCUUUAGGGGGACGCCCUCGGGUGAAGCUACUGACGUGCAAAGUUAGACGUCGGUGUGCCGUUCCUAGGACAUGACAUUUAGGUGUUUUUAACCAUAUUCUUACGAAGAAGAUAUAGGAAGGUAUCAAGACAUGACACUCCGCAUUAGGGUGAAGCAGUCUAGGGACGUGGACGGGCGGUGGGUUGUCGUCAAAGGGGAGGUCUUCAUACGGCGAGAAUUGUAGACCGGCCUUGUGAUUGUGUUUGUUAUGCAUAUGGUGUUGCAUCGUGUUCUUUUGUGACGCAGCGGUGGCCCUGUGGCUGUGGUCUUGUUCAUCAACGUUAUGCUGUGCUCAUGGCGUCAAGGGGCAUCUUGCCUUCCAAACUGCGUGCUAGGACCUCUCCACUGGGGACACGAGCUGGGGUCCAUGUUUCAUACCAAACCGGGAUUUAUUCAGGUUAAACUGAAUCGUUAAUUAUCAUUUGCAGGAUUAUAAACAACGCGUUUCAUGUCGAGCCGCAUGCUGUAAUGGGGCAUUGGCAAGGGUUGUAAACCCUUAACGUACUUCGCCCUGUGAUAAGUGGUAACGGCUCAUGUAAAUAUUCAUCGACUAGC